AUGGCACCAGAAAGUAAACCUAAAAUGUCUAGUGCACUCAUGGCAAUGAAGUUCAUGAGACAAGGCGAAGCACUCAAAAAAGAAGAAGAUGAAAAAUUAAAAAAGCGACAAUUAGAAGAUUCUUCUAGAUGGACACUUCGUAAAAUACCAAAAAACAGCUUUUCGUCGAUAGGAAUCAAAAGCCAAGAAACUACUAAUACUCCCAAGAAAAUUGUGUUAGAAACAGCAAGUUUCGAAGAUAUUUAUGGACAGGACUCAAAGAAAACAAAUAGUUCUCAACAAGGUAGAAGAGCUUUUGGAAAUUUUGAAAAAACAGCACAGGAUGAAAGUAAAGAAGCAGUUGAAGAAGAUUUACGGAAUAAGGACGAAGACUUUGACAUCGACAAUCUUUUGGAUAGAACAAAUAAAAACAACAAAAAGAGAGAAGGUUCACAAUCGAUAGAAGAUCAAGAGCGAUAUGCCAAACGACGUGAUUUUCAAGUUCUUCGAGGACUUAAGAGUAUAUCUGGAGGCGCUUCAUCAGCUAAAAGCAGUUCAUCAGAUAAGAAGAAAAAAAGAAAGUACGGUUAUGACAAAAGAAGUAAUAAGGACUGA